CGCGAGGGGGCGGGACGGGAUCUAGCGCACGCGCAGGCUUGGCCCUCCCGGCAGCCUUCAGUGCAAGAUGGCGCCGCGGGAACCUACCCUUGCUUGUCUGGGGGAACGCUAAGUGACCGUGUCCGCCGCCGUGUUCCAGCUCCGCGAGAAAGCUAGAGGCCGAGCCGCGGCGGGUGCGAUGGCCGCGGUGGUGGCCAAGCGGGAAGGGCCGCCGUUCAUCAGUGAGGCAGCUGUGCGGGGCAACGCCGCCGUCCUGGAUUACUGCCGGACCUCAGUGUCAGCGCUGUCGGGGGCCACGGCCGGCAUCCUCGGCCUCACCGGCCUCUACGGCUUCAUCUUCUACCUGCUUGCCUCCAUUCUGCUCUCCCUGCUCCUAAUUCUCAAGGCGGGAAGGAGGUGGAACAAAUAUUUUAAAUCACGAAGACCUCUCUUUACAGGAGGCCUCAUUGGAGGCCUCUUCACCUAUGUCCUGUUCUGGACAUUCCUUUAUGGCAUGGUGCACGUCUACUGAAAUGGGGGCAGGGGUGAAUUUUUUAAAAAAACAGAUUGGGAGGACUGUUGCCAGAUAUUAACACCGAGUAGACUUACCUAGUUUUUAAAUUGUUGAAUACGCUGCCUGUUCUGUAACGUUAUAAAUAAUUUAUAUCUGAAGACGGAGAGCCUGUAUCUUCAGAUUAAAUGAAGCGUGAGAUA